AGGAAACUGGAAAUGGCACCAAAGAUGGUAUAUAUACCAAUACGCUUUUACAUUUCAUAUGUUGUGAGCAUUAACAAGAACCCAGACAUCAACAGGCAGGCCAGGGCUUACAUCUGCUAACAAAACAGGAAACCAUCAGACAUUAAUUUUGUCACCCAAGAAAACAAAGAUUAUCUUUAAAAUGAAAUUCCAGAAUGAAAAGCCUGAGUUUCAGCAGAGGAAUACCAUCUGGAUCCUAAUCUUAAUAAGUUACGAAUUCACCAUGCUGGGAUGUGCAGAAGGAUGGACAUACCACAAAGCUGCCCGUCAAAUGCCAUGGGAAAAUGCAAGGCAGUGGUGCCAAAAUCACUACACUGAUAUGGUGGCAAUCCAGAAUAAGAAAGAAAUUGCCUAUCUAAAUGAGGUGUUUCCAAUGGUCAAGGGAUAUUACUGGAUUGGGAUUCGAAAAUUAAAUGGAAACUGGGUCUGGAUUGCAACCAACAAGACCCUUAGUCAGGAAGCAGAGAACUGGGCUACAGGUGAACCUAAUAAUGGAAAACGUGGCGAGGACUGCGUAGAAAUGUAUAUACAAAGAGACAAUGAUACUGGGAAAUGGAACGAUGAACCUUGUAGGAAACCCAAAACUGCACUGUGCUUUAAAGCUCAGUGCAACCAGUCCACAUGCAGCGGUCACGGUGAAUGUACAGAAACUAUCAAUAAUUACACUUGUAAUUGUGAGAAGGGAUUUGACGGGAAACACUGUCAAGAUGUUGUGAAAUGUGAAGCCCUGUCAGAACCAGACGACAGGAUCCUUACCUGCUCUGGCCUAUAUGGGAAUUUUAGUUACAACUCAACCUGUCAGUUUCAUUGUUCAGAAGGCUUUGCUUUAAAUGGAUCGAGCAUGGUUACCUGCAACUCUUCAGGAGAUUGGACAGAGCCAAUACCAAUGUGUACAGCUGUGAAAUUUGAAGAACCAUCAAAAGAAGGCCAAAUCAUAAUUAACCCUGACAAAUUUGCAAAUGUUAGUUUCAACUCAACCUGCAAGUUUCAAUGUUUAGAAGUUCAAAAUGAUCAUCUAGACUAUAGACAUCUGACAAUGGCUGUUGUUGGUGCCUCCAUUCUUGCAACCUCUUUGAUUAUAUUUUUUCUGUUGAGUCGAAUGAGGAAAAAGAAGCAUCUUCACGCUAGACUGCCAGGGAUGGAGCCUCCUGAAGUAGCUCAAAGCAACCUAUAAUAUAUGAACCAGGAAACAGUUAAAGGUGUUCAAGAAACCUGAAAAAAAUGGGCAUGAACUGAUAAUGAGACACCUACAGACUUUCACUCUGGAUAGCAAAAAAAAGGAACAGCCUUUCAUGGAAAGAAUGCUUCAUUUUAGUAGAGUUAGAGCCCUAUUCUCAAGUGGUUUAUACAUUAUUUACACAGUGGAUUACACACCCACUGUGAGAAUAGGGCCUUUAGUUCCUGUGGUAAAAAUAUUUUUAUAAAGGGAGUCUUGUAUCAACUUGUUUCACCAAUAACAUGUUACAUAUUGUUGUUGUUUUUUUUUUUUUUUAAUUCUGGUAUUGGUGUUGGAGUUUUGUUAAUACCAAACUUGAUAUGAUUUAAGCCUUAGCAAGUCAUAUCCUUCUGCUAGUGAUGUGUUUUAAGACUGUUCUUUUGAUGCUUAUCUAAUUUCAACAUACUUUGUAAUUGCUUUGGCAAUGUAAACUACAGCUGUUUGUGCAAUACAGCAGUCCACGGUUUUGUUCACUUAAUGCUGUUGUGUCUUUUAUUGUUUAUUAACCUGUUUAUCUCUUACUACAACAAGUGCAUAAAUGUAUUUUACUUUAUAUUAAAUGUCGGGAAUGUUUAAAAUACACAAAUAUUAACUCUAGUUUCUUACAUGAAGGAUAUGU